CAUCCCGGCAUCCUGGCAGCUGCAUCCGUGCUGCCCGGCCAUCCCUGGGCUCCCGCAUCCCGGCAUCCUCCCAUCCCUGCAUCCCUCCAUUCCCGAAUCCUCCCAUCCCUGCAUCCCUCCAUCUUCCCAUCCCUGCAUCCUCCCAGCCCUGCGCCGCUCAGCGCCCCGUGAAGCCCCUCCGAGGAGCUGAGCCGUGAGGCCCAGUUUUGGGGAGCAGCGGGGGGGGCCGCGGGCAGGCUCAGCACCAGCCCCGGGGGCUCCGGACCCCCCGUGCCCGGGGAUGAGGCAGCGCCCGGGGGGACACGAGCGGCGCCGCAGGUAACGCUGGCGGCAGCUCGCAGCCCCCAGCCCACCAUGCCGUCGUCCAAGAGCGGGAGCGAGUUUUGGAUCGAGGGAUCCCACCGGGAGGCGGCACUGGAAGAUUUCUACAUCGUGGGCCCCGAGCUGGGACGGGGAGCCACCUCGGUGGUGUUCAGCUGCCAGGAAAAGCGCACGGGAGCUCCCUACGCUGCCAAGAUCCUGAAGAAAACGAUCGACAAAAAGAUCGUGAGGACGGAGAUCGGGGUCCUGCUGCGGCUCUCGCACCCCAACAUCAUCAAGCUGAAGGAGAUUUUCGAGACGCCCUCGGAGAUCGCGCUGGUGCUGGAGCUGGUGACGGGGGGAGAACUCUUCGACAGGAUCGUGGAGAGGGGGUUCUACAGCGAGCGGGACGCGGCGCACGUGGUCAAGCAGAUCCUGGAGGCUGUUUCGUAUUUGCACCAGAACGGAGUCGUGCACCGGGACCUGAAGCCGGAGAACCUGCUCUACGCAGACCUGUCCCCCGACGCGCCCCUCAAAAUCGGUGACUUCGGGCUCUCCAAGAUCGUGGAUGAACAGGACACCAUGAAAACCGUGUGUGGGACACCGGGAAAAUUGAUUGUUUUGGAUCCCCAGAAGAGGCUGACGGUUCAGCAGGCCCUGGAGCACCCCUGGGUCACCGGGAAAGCGGCGAAAUUCGCUCACAUGGACAGCACGCAGAGGAAACUGCAGGAAUUCAACGCCAGGAGGAAGCUGAAGGCUGCCAUGAAAGCCGUGGUGGCCUCCAGCCGCUUGGGCAACCACGGCCACCACGACUGCUCCCGCAGCGGCCGCGCCCAGGGGGGACCCCGAGGCCUGGCCCGGCCUGCGGGGACCGGCGGCCCUGAGGCCAGCACGGAGAUUGGCGUGUUCCAGAGUGACAGUGACAGUGACCACCCCAACAUGACACCAGUGACCGUGUUCCAGAGUGACAGUGACAGUGACCACCCCGCCGUGACGCCAGUGACCGUGUUCCAGAGUGACAGUGACAGUGACCACCCCGCCGUGACACCGGUGGCCGUGUUCCAGAGUGACAGUGACCACCCCACCGUGACACCGGUGCCCGUGUUCCAGAGUGACCACCCUGCCGUGACACCGGUGCCCGUGUUCCAGAGUGACCACCCUGCCGUGACACCGGUGCCCGUGUUCCAGAGUGACCACCCCACCGUGACACCGGUGGCCGUGCCAGGCGCUGGCUGUGACAGUUAGCGGGCCCAGAGCGGUGACACCACCGAGCCUUGGCCGCUGCCGGGGGUCCCGAGAGCCCCGAGCCCGUGGUCUGGGCUCCAGACCACCCUCGUGUCGUGUCCUGUCACCCCCCGGUCACUGUCCCUGUGUCUGUGCCCACCCCACUGAGGGGACGAGGCAGUGACUUUCUCUUCCCACUCCGCAGCACUUUGGGCCGCUGCGGCUUGGGAAGAUCCCAAAAAACGAG